CAAACGCAUCAUACCGAACAAAUCACAAGUAUUGUCAAUUAAGUUGUAUUAGUCGCAAGGCAUUGUUAUUACAGUUUCAUUUGUUUGUUUAUCUUUUGAAAUAUGGCGAAUUAUGGUUCAACACCCGAAAAAACUACCGAGGAGUACUACGGGAACCCGACUUACAAUGGUAGCGCCGGAGCCGGUAGGACCGACGAGUUCGGGAACGCGGUUCAACAAGGUCGGACUGAUACCGGCUACGGGACUGCUGAUACCAAGACUGGUGAUGAAGGGAUUGUUGGGCAUCAUGGCGGCCCCGCCGUGCUUCAGCGCUCAGGAAGCUCCAGCUCUUCGUCUGAAGAUGAUGGCAUAGGUGGGAGAAGGAAGAAGGGACUGAAAGAGAAGAUUAAGGAGAAGCUACCAGGUGGUGGUAACAAGGAUGACCAGUACUCCGGUGGAACGCAGACCACUACCCCUUACGGUGGUGGGACGACUUACACAGGUGAAGGAGGGCAACGCCAGGAGAAGGGUACGAUGGACAAGAUCAAGAAGAAGCUGCCAGGUGGGAAUAGGGAUGACCAGUAUUCUCAUGACACGUCAACUACUGCUGCACCUUAUGGUGGGACAGGGCGCACAGGAGAGCCCCAGGAAAAGAAGGGCAUAAUGGACAAGAUCAAAGACAAGCUUCCUGGUGGCCACGCCGAGUAGAUCAUAUCCCGUUUCACAUAACUAUAUGUAAAUGCCAGUCAGUGUAUAAUAAAAGAGUGUCUGGUCUGACCUCGGUUGCGUGAUCCGUGCGUGGGUGAUCCAUCGUUGCGCACUGUUGUUUUUGUUUCUGUUAUGUGUAAUUUUGUCUGCCGUUCCCUUUGUAUUAAUAGUAUAUUUGUUUGUGCUA